AUGACGGACAGAGGACUUCGAUUUCGCCGCCACGAGACGGACUGCGAGAAGGGCAUGCAGUUUUAUGCCUGCUCCAAGGGUUUAUUCAGGGGAUGCUGUGCGGUAGAUCCUUGCAAUACUGGUGAAUGUCCGGAUAACGCAAAAUCACCGUCCUCGCCUACCACUAGCAGACAGACUUCACGAGCAACUCAGACUCAGUCGCCUACCUUGCAUUCAACCUCAACCUCUCGAACUACUACCUCGCAUACCACCAUAGCAUCGAAAACAAAGACCUCUUUAUCCAUAACAUCCAUGGUAUCCACGGCAUCCACGAUAACUACGCUAACUAUUAGUUCUCCACCUACAACGGCCACUGAGACAGUAUCAACAGCUAUACCACAGCCAACAAUCAUCCAUUUAGGCCCCAGUCGAGGUGCUUUCAUCGGUGGUAUUGUAGGGGCUGUGGUUGUUGCGCUACUUCUUUGCUGUAGCGCAUGCUUCUGGCUCCUCAUUCGACGUAGGAGGAAGAAGGCUGGAAAAUGGGAAGGAACUCGUGCAAUGAUACUCUGUCGACGCAAGAAGGAAGCCACUACAAUCGUUGCUAGUCCCAGCUCCGAAAAACCACAAGAUCAUGGGCCAUGCGGCGAGCUCGAUGGAAGCAAAUACCGAGCAGAGAUGUUUGCUCCCUCAGAUGUCUCUACGCUAACUGCAAGCCCCAGAACAUGCGGCGAUUCACCUUCGAUCGGCUCUUCUACAACCGUCAGCCCCAGCACGCAAAGCAUUGCCUGGUCAAAUGAGAAGAUAGCAACCCAAAGCGCCAUGUCGACCCCCUUGCGAGGCUUUGGUUCUGUCUCUACCAUGGCCCAAGGGAACGCUAUAAAUACAAUCCCUGAACUCCCCGCUACCAACUCACCUCAACUGCCAGCCCCAAGAGAACCAGAUAGUUCUUCGAGUGCCACUUCAUCUCUCCGCCCGCCCCAUCUUCCACCGUCCAUGUCUCCUUUUUCUCGUGAGGGCGUCCAGUUAACAGUAACAACACCAGAAGGCAUCGUGUUACGGCCAAACUUACAUGAUUCUCCUGCGCAGCAACAUCAGCAAUAUCAGGAGCUCGAAGCUCCGCUCCAUGUGAUGAGCUUCAUGGAGUAUUCCGAUAGAAAGCGCAAUAAAGAGACAUAG